AUGGAUCGGAAACGGAAAUUGUCUGGUUGGCAAAACAAACAAAAUAGGGAAAACAGGCUGAAAGAGCAAUUUAAAAAUCAAAAAACGAAGAACAGCUUUCUGCAAGUUAGGCAAAAUGAAGACAUUUCUGAUAAGAUAGUUGAAGAAAUCAAUACACAUGAGCGUGAGUAUGAUGAAUUUAUUGUAACUGGUGAGAAGUCUCUAUCUGAAACUGACGAAAAUAACGUUAAUGUUGAUUUAAAUGCUAGCAAGAGUACAGCUAAUCAAGAUGAAUGUUUAAGUAGUAAGGUAGAAAAAAGUUCUGAGAAUAUAUCUAGCUGUAAUGAUUUUUGUGAUAUAACGGAUUGGCCGGAACAUUGGCAGAAUUUGCUAAUUCAAAAUACAGUUUCCAAAGGUCCAAUACAAGCUAAUAUUAACCAGUACCCAAAAAACAGUUUGGGUAGAUCAUUUAACAAAAUACAUUUUCAUCGAAAAACAGUAAAUGGUGAAUUAUUUAAAAGAACCUGGCUUGUAUAUUCAUCCAAAGUAGAUCGGAUGUUCUGUUUUUGUUGUGAAAUAUUUAGUAGCGAUGAAUUUGCCUUGCAAAAGGAGAAACAAAUGAUAGGGGCCGCAUAA